CAAUUCUUACCAAAAAAAAAAAAAUAAUAAUUUAAAAUCCAAACCAAUAAUUUCUCCGCAGACGAAAGGCAAAAUCUUUCUUUUUUCGGGGGCUAAAAGUGUAUAUUUUUUUCCCAGAAACAAACGGGCAGCUUGAGUUUUCAAAUUACUGAAGAUGUUUAAGAACACAUUUCAGUCUGGAUUUUUGUCCAUCUUAUACAGCCUUGGGAGCAAACCUUUACAGAUAUGGGAUAAAGAAGUUUCAAAUGGUCAUGUAAAACGACCACAUGAUGAAGACAUACAAUCUAAUGUGCUUGAAAUUAUUGGAUCAAAUAUCCAGUCUACAUACAUCACAUGCCCAGUGGAUCCUGCUGCAACUCUUGGUAUAAAACUACCAUUUUUGGUUAUGAUUGUGAAGAACUUGAAGAAAUAUUUCACUUUUGAAAUUCAAGUGCUGGAUGAUAAGAAUGUCAGGAGGCGUUUCCGAGCUUCUAACUUUCAAGCCAUCACUCGAGUGAAGCCAUACAUCUGUACCAUGCCACUGAAGAUGGAUGAGGGCUGGAAUCAAAUCCAGUUGAACUUGGCUGAUUUUACCAGGAGGGCCUAUGGAACAAAUUAUGUGGAAACCUUACGAGUUCAGGUUCAUGCUAAUUGCCGUCUAAGGAGAAUAUAUUUCUCUGACCGCCUCUACUCAGAAGAGGAACUCCCUCCUGAAUUUAAGCUCUACCUUCCAAUGCAGAAAGCAUGAGAAGUUCCAGGCUUCAGAAUCGCCAAUUCUAAAUGAGCUGGAGCUGGAGGAGUUCUCUUGUUUUAUUAUGCUUUAUCUGUCAACUUGUUCUGCCUUAGUUUUCCUGUGUUUGAUAUUAUUAGGAGAGGUCCUAAAUUCCAGAAGUGAUCAAGCAGCAAAUAGCCCAUUAUGUUUUGGGUGGCUUCUCUCGUAAGGAAUUAGAAUUUUGUAUUACAGUAACAACUAUUUGAAUAAUUUAUAAAUUCUCAUGAUUUAGUGCAAUGACUUUGUUUAUCUUUA